AUGGCGCGGGAUCGACGCACGCGCGCGCGCGCGCGCGUGGACGGGCGCGACGACGCGCGCGGACGCGGGAGAGGGACGAACGAGGGACGGAUGCGUGGACGUCGGGACGGGGACGACGACGAGCGCGCGCUGGUGGAACAACUGCGCGCGCUGGGGCUGGAGCGACGGGAGGUGGAGGCGGAUGGGAAUUGUUUCUUUCGCGCGCUGGCGGAUCAGCGAUUCGGGGACGAGGGACGGCACGAAGAGCUGAGGAAGAUGGUGGUGGAGGCGAUUCGGCGACGGGAAGAGGAUUACGCGCCCUUCGUCGAGGACGACGAAGAUUUUGAGUCGUACGUCGAACGAAUGUCGAGGGACGGGGAGUGGGCGGGACAUUUAGAAGUUUCGGCGGCGGCGGGGGUGCUCGGGGUGGGGGUGUGCAUUCAUCAAUCGGGAUCGCCGCGGUGGGUGAGCGGCGCGGAGGCGACGGAUGAGCGAUGUCGGACGUAUCACGUGAGUUACGAAGGAUGCGAUCAUUACAACAGCGUGCGGAUUCGUGGGAGUAAAGCCGGUACCCCGGCUGGGCCACUGAGCGUUGCUUUGCUCAGGGAUCCGGAUUUGCGCGAGAUCGCUCGCCGGUCGGGGUGUUACGAGACGGAACGCCUUCGAAGAGCGCUGCGGGCGUGUCGAAACGACGUCGACGCGGCGGUGGACGUGAUCGAAGAUGAGCUCGAGGAGGAAGCGAGGGCGAGGGAAAAGGCGAUAGAAGAUGGCGUCGACAUCGCAGAGUUCGACGGCGGCGAUUGGGCCGAGGUACAGACGAAGCACAAGGGAAAGAAGAAGGGCGGCAAUCGCGGCAGACAUCGGCGCGACGGUGGUAUUGAGAAGGUUGAUAGCUUUGAGAGCCUGGCGAUAUGA